AAAUUUGAAGACAAUUUUCAUUAAUAAAGUGAUAUGAUUUAAAUAAAUGUUUAUAAUUAAGUAGAGAUAGUUCUCACGUUGCAAACUAAUUUUUUGGAGUUGUGAUAGUCCAAUAAAAAAUUCUAAGACUCAAAGUCAUUAUAGUUUUCUAGUAUUAUCUUAUUAGUUUUCUAUAGUUGACUACCAUUUUUUUUGUUUAAAAAUAAUCCUUGCACCUAAUAUUCAAACAGAUUAAUCAUUGCUCUAUAUAUAAAAGUAAAUCUUAGGAAUCAAUCAACGAUCCAAAAACUGUAGUUUGAGUAAAUAAUUGAUCAAGCUCUACGAUGGCAUCAAAUAAGGAAGAGGUGAAGGUUUUUGGAUUGGUUGAAAGUCCAUUUGUAACAAGGGUGGAGAUUGCUCUAAAAUUGAAGGGAGUUGAAUAUAUAUACGAGAAAGAGAAGUUUGGGAACUUGAGUGAUACACUCAAAAAAUACAACCCUGUUUAUAAGAAGGUUCCUGUUUUUAUUCAUAAUGAUAAGCCUAUAGCAGAGUCACUUGUGAUUCUUGAAUAUAUUGAUGAGACUUGGAAACAAAAUCCAAUAUUGCCUUCUGAUCCAUACCAAAGAGCCUUGGUUCGAUUUUGGUCCAACCUCAUAGAUGACAAGUGUUUGAGUGGUGUACGGAAAGCUUGUUUCACUCUUGAUGAGAAAGAACGUGAGAAGAGUAUUGAGGAAACAAAAGAGGCUCUUCAAUUUCUUGAGAAUGAGCUCAAAGACAAAUUCUUUGGUGGGGAGGAGAUUGGCUUUGUUGACAUUGCAGCCGUACUCAUAGCUUUUUGGAUUCCUAUUAUACAAGAAGCAUUUGGACUGAAAUUGUUCACAAGUGAAGAAUUUCCAAAGCUUUACAAUUGGAGCCAAGAAUUCAACAAUCACCCAAUUGUCAAGGAAAAACUGCCUCCUAGAGAGACCCUUUUGGCCUUCUACAAAGCUCGUUAUGAAAGUCAUUUUGGUUCAAAAUAGAUCAAUUUAAGGUGACAUGUACUUGUCAAAUUUAAGGAAAAUGUCUAAAUAACUUGUUUGUCAUUUUAGUUUCUGUUUGAAUGUCGUCGUAAGCUUAACUCAGUUGGUAAGGACAAUGCAAUAAUAUAUGCAAGAUUCUGGGUUCGAAUCCCGAACACCACAAAAAAAAUUAAAGUUUAUGUUUGAAUUUUGAUGUCAUGCUAGAUAUAUGCAACCUAAGAUUUCUCCUUGGUUAAGAAAUUCUAGCAUUUUGUUGUUCUUGUUAAUACUCUAGCAUUUCAACUCCUUACCAAUAAUUUGGUUCCUUUCUAAGUCUUCACCCCAGUCAACCCACACCUCUGUUGUUGUUAAGUUAAAUAGUCACAUAUUGGAUAAGUGAGGACUCUCCCAAAUGUAUUUUUAAUAAAUAUAUUUUGUAACAAUUAUUACAGAUAAAGUUACAUGUGCGGACACAUGUGUUCUAUA